AUGCCUCCCUCAGACUCUGCAGAGCAGCAGGGCGCCCCUGCCGACCCUGCUGCUUCCGACUCCCCUGCUGCUGCAGUUUCUGCUGCUGCUGCUGCUCCCGAGGAAGCGCCUGCAGCAGCCUCGGAAGAAGCCCCCGAGCCCGCAGCAGCAGCAGCAGCAGCAGCAGCAGCAGCAGCAGAAGUGCGGAAGCGGGGCGUGGUGUAUCUGGCGCAGGUGCCGUUCGGGUGGAGUCGGGGGCAGCUGCUGCGGUACUUCGAAAGGUUCGGAGAAGUGACGCGGCUGUUCGUGACCCGCAGCCGCAGCAGCAGCAGCAGCAGCAGCAGCAGCAGCAGGAGGCGGAAGGAGCUGCUGCGGGAGGCGUGGAUCGAGUUCCGGAAGAAGCAGCAGGCGAAGCAGCUGGUGGCGCUGAAGAACGGAGAAGCUGCGGGGGGCAAGAAGCGCAGCAGCAGCGCGCAGCAGCUGCUGCUGCUGUCCUACCUGCGGGGCUUCAGCUUCAGCUCUCUCCACGAAGAAGUCCAAAACUUGAAAAGAAAUAAACUGGAAAGAAUAAAUGCGCAGAUCGCGCGCGUCAAGCGCGAGGCUCAGGUGUACGUACACCUCCUCCACCAGAAGCACUCCGCCGAACAGCUGCGCCAAAGAGUUGCCCACAAACGCACCGGGGCCCCGCCGCAGCAGCAGCAGCAGCAGCAGCAGCGGCAGCAGCAGCAGCAGCAGCAGCAGGGGGCGCGGAAGCGGAAGCAGCUCGGCAGCGAGAGCGGCAAAGAAGAAGAAAAUGGAAAUAAAAAAGGCUUCCAAGUCAGCAAAGACCUCCUGAAACUCUUCGCAGCUUGA